CGUGAGUACAUUUGAUACUCAAUCUACUGUGCAUAGAAUUGAAAACAAGAGUUUCUGUUUCUUUUUCUUUUAUAAGUAUGAAGUUCAGUCCUUACUGAUUUAGAUCAACCCGUGUAGUUUAGAAUAGUGCUGAGGAUUAGAAAUGAGGGAGAAAUCUUCGAUGGAUGAGUAUUUUGUUUAUUGGAAUGAUGUAGAUGAGGAGGACAUGCCUGUAGAACGGGAGCAGUUUCCUGUUUCUCCAGAAGAUGAAGACGACAUGCCUUUCUCUUGUAAAAGAAAUUCAGCUAGAAGAAAUCCCAAAGAGCGUAUUCAAAGCCUACAAUCCUCUCUCAAAUUUGCCUUUGAUGAUUAUUGCAAGCAGUUUCAAGAUAUUGAAACCGAAUUGGUUAGAGCUAAGCAAGAAAAUAAUCAAUUGUCUGAAAGAAACAACACAUUAGAGGAGGAGCUUGAGAAGGCUAAGGUGCAACUAGAAUCUAGUAAAAGAAAUCUUGAACAAACAAGAAACAAGAUGCAAGAGUUAUGUACAGCAUUCACUGCAGUCAAAGAGGAAUGUGAUCAAAUAUGCCAACAACAAGAUUAUACAGGAGCCCCUCCACAACCUUCUAAAAAGAGGAAAUUUGUGCUUAAGAUUUAUGAGGUUAAUGAUUGCGUGAAUUGCCCCAUUUGCUUGGAAUCCUGGACUCAAUCUGGAGAGCACAAUGUCUGUUCCCUUUCCUGUGGCCAUUUUUUUGGCAGAUCUUGCAUUACACAAUGGAUUAAGAAAGGUGGAACUCGUGGUUCCUCUAAGUGUCCACUAUGUUCGACUAAAGCCACGUUAAAAGAAAUAAGAAAUCAUUAUAUAUCACAAUCGAUUCCUGGAGAGGAGGAGAAUUAAAAGCUUGGAAGAAGAUCAUGAAAGGAGGCUCAUGCUAUAUCUGACUACAUUUUGUUUAAAUUGUUAAACUGUGAAUGGUUCCGUGAGACUUAAAUCAUAUGUGGGUAAUCGGGGACUUUUGGAGGAUAGAAUUUGAAUUAUUAACUAAAGUGGUUUUGAUUUAUACAGUACCUAGGCAUGCCACAUUUAAUCUGUUUUAAAAUCCGACUUAAAUAUUCUGAAAUGGUGCAUAUGGCUGUUUGAGUUUCUAAA